GGGACACCUGCGAAUCGAGUCAGUCACCAACUUCUCGUCUCAGCUCCUACAUUCAUUUCUGCGAAAAUAAGAUGAAAUUCAUCGUCGCUUGUCUUUUGGUUUUGGCUGUUUCCGUCCAUUCCCAAUGGCCGAACAACUUCGGGUACGGUCUCAAUCCUGCUGGGUAUUUUGGCGGAUUCAACGGCCUCUACCCGGGUUACGCCGGAUUCCCAGCAGCUGGACCUUUUUACGGACAUCCAGGACGAUUCGUCAACUACCCAGCUGCAUCUCUGCCUGCCUAUGACGCCUUCGGCAACCAAGUCGGAGGCUAUGGUCAAGUGCAGGACACGCCGGAAGUGGCCCAGGCCAAAGCGGCUCACUUUGCCGCCCACGCCGCCGCCAGGGCCCGUCUCUUUACUCCCGUCGUAGCGGCUCCUGUUGCUGUUCCUGUCGCUGCUGAUGCUGCUGUGGCUCCCACUCUGGCUAUGGAAACUGCUGCUUCUUCGCUGGUAGAAACUGUUGCCACUCCGGUGGUUGAAACCGUUUCCGCUCCGGUCGUCGAAACUGAUGUUGCCGCUCCGGUCGAGUCUGUCGCUGUUGCCACUCCCAUCAUGUCCCGCAAUAAGCGACUGAUUCAGUUGGCUCCUCAGCACGUCAACUCAUCUCCUUUCGCUUACAACUAUGCUUCUCCUUUCGCUUAUUACAAUCACUAUGCUGGCUCUCCUUUUGCUUACUCCAACUUUGGCACACCUUUCGGCUACAACUAUGGCUCUCCUUAUUUCGGCUAUCACUUUGGAAACCCUUUCACCUAUAACGGCCAAUAUUAUCCCACGGCUUAUAAUAACUUUGCUGCUGCUGCUGCUGUUGAGGCGCCGGUUGUUGUCGCCUCUCCUGCUGUCGCCGAAACCAACGCAGACAGCGUCGUCGCACAUCUGACGCAACAGCAAUCGUCGCAAUAGCCUAAUGUUUCGACGAAUUGUUACGGUUAUACGCAGGUUUUGUAUACCCUACAUUAUCCAUUCCUGAUUCUUUCUUUUUUUCAUCUGUACAAUAGUUGUCGCCAUUUUUCGCUGCCAAAGUUAAUGAAAUACAAUCGUGUGAGUCAAA